AGAGUUAGACAGGGAGGGAAAUGGGGGAGAAGAUGAGGAAAGACUUCUUCGCAAUGUAAGUUGGAUUUCAUCAUAGCUUUGCCUGUCUCCCUCUGUUCCUGGGCCAGGUCUGACUAGAGUCCCCUGCCCACCCAAUUAGGAAGGGCAGCAGCUGUGAACACGCCUAUUGUGAUGUGCUCAUAGGCAGAACGGGGGGGGGGGCAGGCAGGGCACGUGCCCUAGGCGCCACUGAGGUGGGGGUGCCAUGCCAGUUCCUGCCACCCCCACCCCAUUGCCCACCUGCCCAGCCCCAGGGCCCCUCAGCCACUUGCCUCCAGCUCCGGCCUACGAUCGGCAACGAGGCCUAGGAUGGGAGCAGCUGGGCGGGGCUUCCAGAGAGGCCUCCGAGUAGGCCUCCCUGAAGCCUGAACUCGGCAGGCCCCAGCAAGCCAGGAAGGAGGCUGGCAGAGCUCCCUGCAGCAGACCAGACCAUCCAGCGCAGCUUUUGCAAGGUUGCGAAGGGUCUGCAGCUGCUGCAAGGAGCUGUUUCAAGCCUCCCCCUCAUGUGACUCCAUCAUGGGCAAGACCCCCAGACGGAGGUUCUGGAAGAGGAGGAACCGGAUUGGACCCCCUCCGGCUCCUCCUCCAACUACAGCUUCUCCUCCAACUCCAUCUUCUCCAAUUCCACAAGGGGACUCCCAGGCAUCUUCAGGAGUCACAAUCGACUUGAGCCCUGCAGAGAAGAUAAGAGAAAGAGAUAAGGUCAUCCUCUGGUGGACAACCUUGCUGGAUUCCAUUGUGGAGAGCGUGCAAGAGGCUGAGUCCAGGUGCCAGGAUACAGUGGAAUUCAGCAAGGUGAAGGUUGUGAAAGCCGUUUUGGAGAUAAUGGAGGAUGUUACAGUGCAUCCGGACCCUGGCUCCUUCUUCAGAAAAGCCAUGGACACCAUCACGGAGCUGAGCAAAAUGAAGCCAGCGUUGCCCCAAGAGCUCUGGUUGGCAGUGCUGCACGUGGCGGUGUCCGGGGCCAACUACCUGGAGCCAGGGACCCAGAAUGAGACCUUUCAAUGUCUCCAAAGCAUGCUUAGGGGGUUGCUGGAGGAGGCCCCCUUGGCUCACAACUUGGCCAGCAUCUUGAAGCCACAGGAGCUCCACAGGUACAGCAGUGCUAAGGAGCCCCAACUGCAGGCUCUGGCCCAGGAAGCCUGCAGCUGUCUUCUGGAACAUGCUGCCAGCCUGCCAGGUUUUCAUCUGACAACACUGAAGUAUCCUUUGCCAAAAAAUAAAAAAUAAAGAGCAGCAUCCAAGGGUGAGAGAUAUGCUUUUCAUAAGAAAAAGCAUAAGAAAAAGAACUUGUGUCCAUAGCACAACAAUUAAACCAAGAUGUACCCUGAUGAGGCCUCUCUCGACGCUCAAAUUCAAGGAAAAAGCCACGUCACAGCUGCAUCAAGUGAUGAAUAUGUGUAUGUGAAUUAGCUUUUAAUAUUGUUUGCUUUUGUGGAUGGGGGGGGGGGCGGACAUUCUUUUAAUUUGGUUCUUGCAUCUCUACAUCUCUUCAAAUCCACUAGAGACUUCUCUCUCAAACUGGUAAAGAGGAUACAUGUGCAGAGGUGACAAAUUCAGAUGCAGCAUUUUAUAUUUUCAUUGUAUGCCAAAUGUGUAUAAAUGUAAUCUGAUUUUAUAUUAUCAUCUUAUUAUUAUUAGUAUUAUCAUUGUUAUUUUAAUAUUGUUGUAUUGCUGGUCUACGACCGAAAUAAAGUUUUACUUACUAUUUUCA